ACAGUAGACUCUGAGUCAGUCUACAGCUGGCUCUACAAAGCACUCUAUAACCAUACUAACUGGAAUGUGAGAGACGAUGCACACAGAGCAGAAAGCAGACUGCUCUGGUACGAGGAUGGAAAAGAGUGUAAGAAUGAAGACAAUUUUGCUUCUUCUUUUAAUGUGUGCUGCUGUUUCUGACGCUCUUCCCAUCCACCCAGAGAAAGACAACAAAGAAGAAGAUGCAAAGCUUGUAGAGGACUAUUUAAAUAAAUUCUAUACUGUUGAACCAGAUCCAAAUCAGCUUGGAUGGAAAACAAAUGCUGAAUCGACAGCUGAAAAACUCCAGAAAAUGCAACGAUUUUUUGGUUUGAAAGUGACUGGAAAACCAGACACUGAGACUUUAGAAAUGAUGAAAAAACCCAGGUGUGGAGUUCCCGAUGUGGGUCUUUAUGGUGUCACUUUGCCUGGGUGGAAGAAAAACAAGCUGACUUACAGAAUCGUGAACUAUACACCAGAUAUGAGCAAAGACGAUGUGGAUAAAGCAAUCCAGAAGGCAUUUAAAGUGUGGAGCACUGUCACCCCGCUGAUUUUCACUCGCAUUCGUGAGGGAAUAGCAGAUAUAAUAAUUGCUUUUGGGACCAAAGUUCAUGGACAUUGCCCUCGUUAUUUUGAUGGCCCCCUUGGUGUCCUCGCUCAUGCUUUUCCACCUGGUGAUGGUUUUGGUGGUGAUGCACACUUCGAUGAGGAUGAAGAUUGGACCACAGGCUCAGAUGGAUUCAACUUGUUCCUUGUUGCUGCUCAUGAGUUUGGCCACGCACUGGGUCUCUCUCAUUCUAAUGACCAGAGAGCCUUGAUGUUCCCCAAUUACGCCUACGUCAGCCCCAGCGAAUUUCCUCUCUCUCCAGACGACAUAAGUGGCAUUCAGUCCAUUUAUGGUUCUCCAACAAAAAUCCCAGAUAAAAGCCCACCCAUUCCUACAUCACCUAAAAUCUGUGGCUCCCAGAUAUCUUUUGAUGCUAUAACUACACUCCGACGAGAGAUCAUGUUUCUAAAGGGCAGACACUUGUGGAGAGUCUAUCCUGAUAACUCAGAAGUUGAACUUGAAUUAAUUUCUGCCUUCUGGCCAACUCUGCCAUCUGGUAUUCAAGCAGCGUAUGAGAACAUGAAAGAUCAGAUCCUAUUUUUCAAAGGCAAUAAGUUCUGGGUUAUCAGCGGAUAUCAGGUGUUGCUUGGUUAUCCAAAGAACAUCAACACACUGGGCUUUCCUAAAGGUGUUAAGAAAAUUGAUGCAGCUGUUUGUAAUAAAAAUACAGGGAAGACAGACUUUUUCAUAGGCGACAAGUACUGGAGGUAUGAUGAGCAUAGCCAGUCCAUGGAGAAGGGUUAUCCUAGACGGACAGUCAAUGACUUUCCAGGAAUUAGCCAGAAGGUUGAUGCUGUUUUCCAACAUAAAGGUUUCUUCUACUUCUUCCAUGGAUCAAGGCAGUGGGAGUUUGACCCUACUGCUAAAAAAGUUAUCCGUGAAAUGAAGAGUAACAGCUGGUUUAAUUGUUAAUAUCAUUAAACUUUCUUAUACAUAACAAAUGAGAAUAAAGUCAUUCUAGAUUUCUCAAAGGCUGUUCAUGUAUACACUGCUAUACGGGAGAAGCAAUGGGACUACUUUUCAUAUAUGUUUACUAUUUUAAUAAACUGGUAUGUAGGCUC